AUGCCGGAGUCUAGUAAUUCCCGUCCCUCAUCCUCCAGUAUUGAUCUUGCUGUUGUUUAUGCAAACUUCUUGAACCAGCAGCCUCAAGCCCCUCAAGAGAUUGCAAGAACUGAUCAUAUAGAAGUCAUGAACCCAUUGCCUAAUAUGUCGAGUCAUCCAGUUUUUGAGUUUUCUUCGAAUCUUGGUAUGGAAUUUUUUGGGGGUGGUCAAGAAAAUUGUAUGGCUCUUUCUGAUUGGUCGUCUUUGGAUACUGAUCACUCGAGAGAUAUGCUAUAUAUAUGUGGGCUUGAACCGGCUGGUCAUGAUCACAAACAACAAAAUAUUUCAGACAUUGAUAGAGAUGAUGAACAAAAUAUUGGUGAUUAUGAGUUGCCACCAUUGCCUGGUGAUGUAGCAGCAUCGACUAAUAAUCUUAAUCAAAUUGCGAAUAGUAUGCAACUGCUAGGGUUUGAGAAGGAAGUCGAUCUCGAUCCGAGUCCGAGAGAUGCAUUUAUAGGGAACGCAAGCAUGUUUGACGGCAUGCCUACUUAUGGAAGAGCUCAUAAUUUCCCAAGGCCUUGA